CUUUUUUGUGCAUAGUUCGGCUGAAACAGGCGUUAAAGUCUUAAGCAUCAACGCUAUCAUCUAAAUAAACUGUUAUGGGAACUGACAUUGAGCACAUGUAGCUGCUGAUUGCUGAUAUGCUGACGUGUAGGCCAGGCACCUCUAUUUACAUAUGAAGAGAAGAUGUCCAACCACAAGGCUUAGCUGACUGUAUUUAAAUAACCUCUCAGUGGAACACUUGCGUUUGAGUUCCUCAUCUGCGCUCAGGCGGCUCCGGCAUGGCAGUGCAAAGUGUUUUCCACUGGAUGCAAGUUUGCGUGGUCCUGCAGCUCUGCUUAUCUGAAGUCCUGCCUGCAGCCUCAGAGACAAGCAGAAACUACUAUGAAACUCUCAAUGUUGAGCCAACUGCAACUGACAGCGAGAUAAAGAAGAAUUUUCGCAAACUGGCCAUAAAAUACCACCCCGAUAAGAACAAGAGCGCGGAUGCAGAGAAGGCUUUCAGAGAGAUUGUCGAAGCCUACCAGGUGAUCUCCAACAAGGAGAAGAGGAGGCUGUAUGACAGUAUGGGCCAUGAGGCUUUCCUAAAGAACGACGCUUCUGUUGACCCCGAGGAUGAACAUGACCGUGACUUCGCUUUCACUUUUGCUGACCUCUUCCAUGCCUUUGAUGAUGGUCCUUUUGUGAAGGAGUCAUUCUUUCACUGGAGCUUUCACCAGGAUGGGGAGGAUGAAGGCACUCCAUAUGAGCAUUACAGUUUUGAAGGCCCUGGCUUCAGCUUUUAUUUUGGUGGUGGUGAUGAAGGUGCAGAAGAUAACCACUAUUAAGUAUCUGAUAUCUUUAACCUGUAUUCCACAUGAUUGUUGAGUUUUAAUUGACAAUAAAGUCUCCAUGUUAAAUUGUCA